AUGGGUCUUGAAUACAGCACAGCCAAGUGGCUCGCACCUGCGUCGUUCAUCUACGACUUUGCACUGCAGCAGUAUGGACUCAACAGCACUCCCUCGAUGAAGCAGAUCAACGACAGAAACACAUCCUUCUGGAGUCCUCAGCCCUACUUCAUUGGAGGCUUCUUUGCACCUCAGCAGAUUGUGCAGAUGGCCUGGCUGUACCGCUUGUGGAAGCUCGACCCCAGCAAGCCCAAGGAGCGCUCCGAAUUGGACCAGAUCGUGAACUUUGUUCCUUACUACGCUCUUGGUAACGCACAGAUACUGAUAAAACCCUUAGUGUUCUUCUGGAACAGCGAGCAGCUCAAGAUCUCCAACUUGUUCGUUGUCGUCAACUCCUUCAGCCAGCUUUACUUCAUCUUCACCAAGCUCGGCCCCAUGAACACUUCAUCUCUUUCGUCCGUCCUCACACACAUCAAUGCUAAGACCUUUGCUGGUAUUGGUGUCCUCGACUUCCUCCACAACCUGAGUGUUGCAUACUACAAGGAUGCUCUCCCCAGCACAGCCAUCAAGGCCGUCACUGGCGCUGGCUUUGCUGGUCUCGCUGCCUGCAGUGACUGGAUCUUUGGUGGAUGCCUCGUCUACGACUUGAUUGCCCUGAGCGUUGGCCAGGCCACCUUGAACAACCCCGACUGGAGCAAGAUGCUUGGUGGAUUUGCCGUCAUGACCGCCGGCAUUGUUGGUAUCAAAAACUACUUUAUCCCUCCAUACGUCAAGGAGCCCGGAUACAACCUCACGGAAGAUGAUGACACAUUUGACGAUCGUGUUUAG